GCUGAACCUUCAAGCUGAGUAAAACCCCAUGCUUCCAUGACUUUUUCUUUGUAAUGUAUAAUAAAGAAUAUAAUGAAGGUAAAAUAAAUUUUUUGUUAUCAGUCCCUAGUCCAUGAAAGUACUUGAGAAGGCACUCAAGCACAUAGAAACUUGGCUUUGAGAGAAAGUAUAUUGAAGACAAGCAUAAUGAUAAUAACCCAUUAGCUAUAUUUUACAAUGAUGAGAAAAGGGGCAGAAAACUAGGAGCAUGAGGCAUUUAGAUUGGAAGAACAACUUGCAAUUUUGGACACUUUCUCAAGGGUUGAUCUCAAUUAGGACUACAAUGACUCAACGAGCAAACAUUCUCUUAAGGUUUAAAAUGAAGGAAAAAAAUUUUCAAUUUAACUCCAUUAGUUCAUGUAAUUAUUUUUAAGAAAUGAUAUAUAACAAAUUUAUAAUUCAAAUUCUUACCCUUACAACUCUUUUUCCUAUUCACAAACGGUAACCCUCUUUGGCAUGCACCUUUGAAAUAUUCAUAUUGUACACUGAAAUUCCAAGGUUCACAACAUCAUCAUUUAUUUGCCUUACCAAAAUUAAAUGCCAAGCAACAACCACUUUAAAGGGCUUAUAAAAGCCAUUGAGAAGGCACACAAAAUUUUCACUCAAAAGGCCACUGCUGUUUUUGGCUCUCCUCAAUCAGAAAAAAGCAAAGAGUGUGAAACAUGAGUUCAUUUGCUUCUUUCUUGCUUCUCUUAUCUUCUCUAGCUCUUCUGUCUAUUGCCAGGGGUCAAGACAGAGCUCCCCAUGGCAUUUCUUACGAGAAUCCCAUGGCCUUCUCGCCCUCAGCCUAUGAAUUCUUCCAUCCGAAAACCCAUGAGCCAGACACCCAAAACCCCUGUGCAGCUUCCAAUUGCUCACCAUUGCCAGUAGCAGCUCAAGUGGACGCUACUAAAGCACUUGAAAGCAAGAUAUCAACACAACAGAAAUCUGGACAUCAACUGGGAGCUGGUGGAAUUGCUGGCAUUGUUUUUGGUUUGGCGUUUGCCGUGCUUUUGACAAUGGGAGUUUACUAUGUGCUGAACACCCGUCGAGCUAAUGCUAAUCGAGCAAACUCUGUUCAACCAGAUGCCUGAUCAUGUGCUCUUCAACCUCCAAUUCUCCAUUGUAUAAUAUAGGCUAAGGCUCGAUAAUGACGUAGUAGCAGCUAGAAUUAAGCUUUUAUUAUUGGUUUUUCCUCCUUCCAAUCAUUAUGCCAAAACCUGAAAAAAUCGACAGGUCUGGUAAAAGCUACAACAUAUAGUGCUGUAAUUCUCCCAUUUUAUACUCCAAAUUGUGUGGUUCAGAGUGCUUCUUUGAUAGCUGAUUGUGUGGUUCUAAGCAUCCAUCACCGUCGGGGCUUUAAAGCCCUACGCCAAACUACUUUUCGUUCAUUACUAACACCAAUGUAUCCAUAAAGACACAUUUCAUAUUUUGAUUUUAUGAACUAAACCACAACUGUACUAGCGGGGAUCAGAUUCAGAUUUUAAAUGUUUGAUACCAUACUAAACCACGAGAUAACUACCAACAGUCGCAUGAUCUGUUAUAAAACGCUUAACUCUUAAUUCUAUUGGUCAAGGUUCAAAUCGGGAAAACUCCGUAAGAUGGUAUCUAUCAGCCACCAAUCUAUCAUCGAUCAUCAUAUCGAGAGAUGUGAACCAUGAAGCAACCUCCAUGAUCCAAUUAAUAAUUCAAUGCUGGUAA